UCUGGUGGGUGGCAGAGUUCAGCUCCCUGGAGGGUCCCCAGGCAGGAGUCUUGGACGAAAAGGUCGUAGGGGGCGAGGCGACAUCAGUAGGAGGCUCCCGGGGGUUGUCUCAGGGGAAGGAUGGUUCUGGGGAGGGGGUCCGACAGUUGGGGUCUCCAGUAGGCACACCACUGUGCAGACUGAGGGAGGUACUUGUUGGCGCCAGGCCUGGGGAAGGCAGAGGGCGAAGUACCUGCAGAAGUGUCGCGGGUGCAGGCUGAAGGAAGUGGCUGGGCCUGAAGUGGCCCUGUGCCUGACAGUGGGGUGCACUGCAUCCCUCACCCCCCAAGCCCUCAGCUUGCCUCUGGUCACGGACCCUGCUGGUCCCCAGCUCUGGUGUCCUCUGACCCCUGCUUACCUGUGGCCCCAGGAAGGAAGAAGAACCUAUGUGUCAGUCACAGGCGGUGACAGCAGUGAUGUUGGUUCUGGGAACUGGCUGGAAUUCCCUUGUGUGCAGGCUUCUGUUACUCUCUGGUUGAAUUGUGGCUCAGGAGGUGCACCUGCCUUCCGGGCCCACUGCGAGCGGCAAACAAUCCCUGAGGUUCCUCCCAGCCCUCCCCGUGCCUGCACCCUGACUGGCCCCUGUAACCUGGAGAAUUUGUUUACAGAAAGUUGAGGAGCCCUGGAAAAGAGACGGCAUAAGACAACAGGAGGAAGAGAGAGAGAGGGUAGAAUGGAAGAAUCUCACUUCAAUUCUAACCCGUACUUCUGGCCUUCCAUCCCCACGGUCUCAGGACAGAUUGAGAACACCAUGUUCAUCAACAAGAUGAAGGACCAGCUGCUGCCGGAGAAGGGCUGCGGGCUGGCUCCUCCGCACUAUCCCACCCUGCUGACAGUGCCUGCCUCCGUGUCCUUGCCCUCGGGCAUCAGCAUGGACACAGAGUCCAAGUCAGAGCAGCUGGCCCCACAUAGCCAGGCGUCCGUUACCCAGAAUAUCACGGUGGUCCCCGUGCCGUCUACGGGGCUCAUGACUGCUGGAGUCUCCUGCUCUCAGAGGUGGAGAAGAGAAGGGAGUCAAUCAAGGGGUCCGGGUUUGGUAAUCACGUCCCCCUCAGGCUCUCUUGUGACCACAGCCUCGUCAGCUCAGACCUUCCCUAUCUCGGCUCCCAUGAUUGUGUCAGCUCUUCCCCCUGGCUCACAAGCCCUGCAGGUGGUCCCUGAUCUUGCCAAGAAGGUAGCCUCCACCCUCACCGAGGAAGGAGGGGGAGGUGGAGGGGGAGGCGGCAAUGUGGCUCCCAAGCCCUCCCGGGGCCGGAAGAAGAAGCGGAUGCUUGAGUCGGGACUGCCUGAGAUGAACGACCCUUACGUCCUCUCCCCCGAGGAUGACGACGACCAUCAGAAAGACGGCAAGACCUACAGGAGCGAAGGGAACUGCGGCACAGGAAAUGGACAGAGCCUUGGGCUCAUGGAUUCAGUUCCUGGCUCCACCACGAGCUUGCUGUGUGACCCUGGGUGCAGGAUGUGCUCCCUGACGUUCUACUCCAAGUCGGAGAUGCAGAUCCACUCCAAGUCACACACCGAGACCAAGCCCCACAAGUGCCCACAUUGUUCCAAGACCUUCGCCAACAGCUCCUACCUGGCCCAGCAUAUUCGUAUACACUCAGGGGCUAAACCCUACAGUUGUAACUUCUGUGAGAAAUCCUUCCGCCAGCUCUCUCACCUUCAGCAGCACACCCGGAUCCACUCCAAGAUGCACACGGAGACCAUCAAGCCUCACAAGUGCCCGCACUGCUCCAAGACCUUCGCCAACACCUCCUACCUGGCCCAGCACCUCCGUAUCCACUCGGGGGCCAAGCCCUACAACUGUUCCUACUGCCAGAAGGCCUUCCGCCAGCUCUCCCACCUCCAGCAGCACACACGAAUCCACACCGGUGAUAGACCGUACAAAUGUGCACACCCAGGCUGUGAGAAAGCCUUCACACAACUCUCCAACCUGCAGUCCCACAGGCGGCAACACAACAAAGACAAACCUUUCAAGUGCCACAACUGUCACCGGGCGUACACGGACGCAGCCUCACUGGAGGUGCACCUGUCUACGCACACGGUGAAGCAUGCCAAGGUCUACACCUGCACCAUCUGUAGUCGGGCCUACACAUCAGAAACAUACCUUAUGAAACAUAUGCGCAAACACAACCCUCCUGAUCUCCAGCAGCAAGUGCAAGCGGCGGCGGCAGCAGCAGCAGUGGCCCAAGCCCAGGCUCAGGCCCAAGCCCAGGCCCAAGCCCAAGCCCAGGCCCAGGCCCAGGCCCAGGCCCAGGCCCAGGCCCAGGCUUCCCAGGCUUCGCAGCAACAACAGCAGCAACAGCAGCAGCAGCAGCCACAACCACCACACUUUCAGUCCCCUGGGGCAGCCCCCCAGAGUGGGGGUGGUGGGGACAGCAACCCUAACCCUCCGCCCCAGUGCUCCUUUGACCUGACCCCCUAUAAGACGGCGGAGCAUCAUAAGGACAUCUGCCUCACGGUCACCACCAGCACCAUCCAGGUGGAGCACCUGGCCAGCUCUUAGAGAUCCGUGCUUCCACCCGCUGGGAGAGCAGGAAGGAGUUCUGGGCCCUUCCUUCUCCGACUCCUCCCAGUGGGGAAAAUCCUCCUCUUCUUGACAAGCCUUGGCUCCUCCCCUUGGGCCUCAGGUCCGGCUUUCCAUCACUGAGACGCCAUCCUUACUCUGAGCUCCUCUUGAGAAGGAACGUCAGUCUUCCUGACUGGCCAAGGACUCUGAGCUGACAGUGAACCCAGCAGCCUCCCCUCCCAAGCAAAGCUUCUAAACUGGGGGUUGGUGCUCACGGGAAGGAUCUGCUAUGACCUCAAAGAAACUGGCCCGUCACGGGACAUGCUCUCUCACCCUCCUCACCCUCAGAAUGUGGGCUGGUGUAGACUAGAGGCUGGCCCUCCCUGCUGACCAGGGUGCCCUAACUGUAGCCAGCCUCCUGUUCUACUCUUCCCGGCAAAGAGAACAGACGCUUCUCACAGGCCCUAUUCCCUCAAAGCCAUCCUUUGCCCUCCGUGACCUCACUGCACUUCCUACCUACCACUGGUAGAAGGAGAUGGGGCCAGGUGUGGCGGGGGGAUUAGACCACCUCUUCUUUGUAAGGGGGCAAGGGCUGGUCAAGGGUUGGCAUACAGAAGUGUGGGUUUGGAGUGUCCUUUGGAGCCUCUCCCCCUUCUCUGCCAGCCAAGGCCCUGUACGCUCAGUUUUCCCAUCCUUGACCCCCGGGGAACUGUGGGAGGUUGUGUUCUCAGACUCCAGAGGUGUUACAGAGAAGGGGAGAGCCAGGGCAAGCAAGGACUGGAUUUAGCCCCCUAGGUGCCACGGUCAGAUGCUGGACACGGAUUUAUAUAUAAAUAUAUAUAUAAAUAUAUAUAUACCCACUCAUCACGGCCAUCUUUGUUGUAACCAUUUCUGUGUUUAUAAAUGCAUUAUCUCUGAGAAUUUUCAUAUUUGAUGUUCUGUUUAUUUUUUUUCCUUUUUUUUCUCCACCCUGUCCUCUGACCAUGACAUUUUUAUUUUCUUUUGCCUUUUUUUUU